CCACACAAUCUGCCCGCAGCUUUAUAUAACCAGGACUCACACUCUAUCACUCACUAAAGGCUCGCUUGACAUAUAUGAAGAUGCUCACGAUGACGCCUGUACUGUUUGUAGUGAUGAUUCCAGCUCUAGUGUUGGCCCAGAAAGAGGCUAGCCAAGCCAAUGAGAUUUUCAAUGUACUUGACACUGACGACAGUGGUGACCUCAGCGUUCUGGAGUUACAGGAUUCGUUUGUCAAAUAUGACUCUGAUGUAGAUGGCGAUGUUACCUGGGAAGAGUACUAUACCUUCAUCGUGAGUCAGGACCCGAGCCUUGAGUACAGCCUCAAGUUUUUGUUCGACGUCUACGAUUUCAAUGUUGACGGGCAUCUGAAUCUGAAGGACUAUAAGCAUUUGCACGCCGCCAUUGACGUAAACAAAGAUGGGCUGGACGACAGAGAAGAAUUUAUCAAGGGAUGGCGUGGUCAAGUGGUAGAAUGGGAUGAAGAUCUGUUCACAGCUGCUGACGCCCUGCCCAAGAUUGAUUAG